AAUAUCUAAAAAAGAUUUUGUGACGCGUAAAUGUGUGAGACGCUUCAACGCAAGCAGGAACAUACGUCGAUGUAAAUAAUGCGUUCAUUUAUUCGUGCUGCCACGAGGUUGUCCGCUGCCUUCCUCUGUUCACAGUCUUCUCGAAAAAGCAGGUUUUUAUUUUCAGCUGCUUCCACUCAUUUGACAAAAAUGGUGCAUUACCUAACAGAGCUGAGAGGACGACCAAACUCGACUGACUACAGAGUUUACUUGAAAACUUCAGAUGGAAAGUACAUAUCCCCUUUUCAUGACAUUCCUCUGUAUGUUGCUGAUGAACAGGAAUGUGAUGUUCCACCAAAGAAGUUUAAAACGAAUGAGAUAUUGUUUAAUAUGGUUGUAGAAGUACCUCGUUGGUCAAAUGCCAAGAUGGAGAUAGCAACAAAAGAACCAUUAAACCCGAUUAAGCAAGAUAUGAAGAAAGGCAAGCUGCGAUAUGUUGCUAACAUUUUUCCGCACAAAGGUUACAUUUGGAACUAUGGUGCGCUUCCACAGACAUGGGAAGAUCCCAACCACACUGACAAGGAAACCAUGUGCUGUGGAGACAAUGAUCCGAUAGACGUGUGUGAGAUUGGCUCCAAGGUGUGUGUGAUAGGUCAGGUGAUUCAGGUUAAAGUUCUUGGAAUUCUGGCUUUGAUAGAUGAAGGAGAGACUGACUGGAAGGUAAUAGCCAUCAAUGUAGAGGACCCUGAUGCAUCGAGCCUUAACAGUAUUGAAGAUGUGAGAAAGAUUAAGCCUGGUCACCUUGAGGCUACCCUGGAUUGGUUUAAAAAAUAUAAAGUGCCAGAUGGGAAGCCUGAGAACAAGUUUGCGUUCAAUGGACAGUUUAAGGAUAAGGACUUUGCCAUAGAAGUCAUAAAAUCAACACACAGCUACUGGAAAGCAUUAGUGAUGAGAAAAAAGAUGAAAGGUGAUGAAAUUGUGUGCCAGAACACUUCUUUGUGUGAGAGUCCAUUCAAAUGCGGUGAUGCAGAGGCCAGUGCUGUAGUUGAAGCUGCUGCAGAAUAUGGAGAACCCCUCCCAGUAUCUUCUGAAGUGGACAAAUGGCACUUCUUCACAAAAUAAAAGAUUAUUCACUUUCUGCAGUGUGAUCUCAAAACAAGGUAGAAAAGGCCAGAAGAUGCCUUUACAUGGGUUCUGUAAUGUCCCUGGUGCAAAGAUUUUUAUGUUUCAUUAAUGUUUUAUUUUUUUUAAAACAUUGGUUUAUUUACUGGCACAAGCGCCACACACACAUGCACACACUUCUCAUUCAUUUCUUAUAUAUGGGUUAAAAUGAGAAAGUUAUUUUUGCAGUAAUGUUGGUGGAUUGUUGGAUCAUGUUUUUGUAUUCACUGUUAACAUUUCAAAAUGCACGUUUCAGUGCCAAAGCUCAUGUUCACAUGUUAAAGGUUAAAUAGUAAAUCUCUACAACCUGAGGUUUUACUUUUAGGUGUGUGUGCGUGCAUGUGUUUUCUUUUCUAUUUCUAUUACUAUUUAUAUACCUAUUCUGACAAAUUAGGAACCACUGUAAAUUAAGUAAAUUGGGUAUGAAGAGCUUGUCUUAGCAAGAUGACCGAGAAAUCAAACUCUGUAGCAUGAAUGUGAGUUCUUUAACUGUUGUUAAAAAAUAAGAUGUGCUCUACUACUUUUCAGGAAAUGUGUGCCAUCAGAAUCAAGAACUAGUAUAUGGAAAAUAAACUUGAUCAAUCUUUGUUUUCCUUGAUAAUACAUUUACAAAAAAUGGUGUGUAAGUUGUAACUUUAAUUAAAUAUGGAACAAAAAACCCUAAAUACUUUAAGUACUGAAAGAAGAAUUGUGUUUUAAAUGUAUUAUAAUUCCAUUUUGUAAAAAAUGUUUCACACUCUUGGAUUUCAUUGUGUUUUUGUUAGUGAUCUAAAAUAAUGAUAAGCAUACAACAAUUAUAAAAUCAAAGUGUUGUAAAGGAAUAACACAUCAACACUUCUCAAAGACUUUUGUAAGCAUUGUUUGUAAUUGUACCAUUUGCAAAUUAUAAAUAAAAACAUUUUAUAUGUUUAGUUUAACUAUUUAAUCAUUAAAGGAGUCAACAUAAUAAAGUUGCACAAUUUACAGAAAAUGCUUGAAAUAAAUAUAAUUUUUAUUAAAAAAAACCCACAUUUCAGCAAUAUUAGGAAUGAUAACAAAUCAUAACAAACAGCUUUCAAAUAAACUGCGUUCAGUUCUUCAGUACAUUACAAUACUUACAGUAUUCAAAGCCAUUCUUAAUUCAAUGUUUUAAGCAUUACAAAUUUGAAGGGAAAAGGGGAAGCAAUACAAAAAAGGCAGAAAAUAGCACAUUUAAACCUUUAGUGUCUAAUGGCAAAAUACCAACAGAUGUACAUAAACAGCUAGCUUAAUGUAAAAGUUGUGCACCCCAGUUCGUUAGUUGAAGUCAGAAAGUCAUUCAAGUAAAGUUGACUCCACUUAGAAACUCUCCGAAGCAUCUUCAAGUAUGGCUGUUCUUGUCACUCACUAAAUUUUAGCCACCCCAUUAUUUAUUUAUUUUUAUUUUUUUGCUUCAUACACAACCUGCUACCCAAGCUGGGUUCUGUACACUGAAAUUUAUCAACUAAUUUAAACUACAAAACUGGAAGCUUCUUUUAUAACUAGUCCGUACAUCAAAGUGAUUUCUAAUAGAAAAAAAAAACUGUAAACUUUGCUGUUGUAUUAAAAAAAAAAAAAAAAAAAAAAAAAAACUUA